AGAGCUUUCGAGACAGACAGACACAAAACAGAGGACAAUAAAAGCAAAAGAUCAAAAACGCUCCAUAUGAUCAGCACAUGGGCAUGCCGUAAUUCUGCAUCCGCUCAUUAUUACGGCACACGGAAGACAUUAAAUCAAGAAGAUUGGGGUAGAGUUAAAGAGAGAGAAGGAGAGAGAGAGGGAGGAAAAAGCCAAAGGAGAGCGAGCGAAAGCAAACAAGGAGGAGAAAGUGUUGGUGCGCUGGGAGAGAAAGAGGAAGUCCAACAAAAAAGGUUGGAAGAGAGACAGGCUACAUGUGGCAGAGGAAGGUGUGCGUUUAGCCAUGGAGGGGGACAGAAUCGCAGCACUUAAGAGGUCAUUUGAAGUGGAGGAGGACACAUCCACAAACCCAUCCCCUCUGUCCCGUAGAACGACCAAUCCUCUGCGCUCCGCCACCUCUUCUACGAGCAGCCGUUUCCAUGACAUGAGAUCGCUCAACUCCGAGUCCACCUCCAGGCACGCUUCAGAUUCCUCCUCCAACCAGAGCUCUCCAAAGUCUGGCAUGGGGCGCAUAGAGUUAUCGAGGGCCCGCAUCCCGGAGGCUGUGUCGCGCAGGACCGAGAUCUCCAUCGACAUCUCCUCCAAGCAGGUGGACAGCUCACCCAGUCCCGGUAUCACCCGCUUCGGCUUAAAGAGACCUGAGGUCUCGCUCCAGAGUAAAGCCACAGAUGGGCCUCUUUACAGAAGGGCUGACGGUAACCACAGCAGACCCCAGGAACCUCCAACACCACCAAGGAGAGCUGACCCACCAAUAUCUGCGUCCCGGAUCCCUGAGGUGUCCCAGAGGCGAGCAGAGCCUCCCAGCCCUCUUGAGAUCUCAGCUCCGACUAGACGGGCGGAGAUGCACAUUAACAGACAGCUGGACACCCUGUCUCCUGCAAGGGAGUCAGAGAACAGCUUCACUUCCGCAGCCAGCAUCACUCCUAACUUCGAUGAAUACAAAACCCCUCCAGCAGUACAUGAAGCCCCCCUAAGGCCUCAAGAGAGGUCAGAGGUCAUUUCCAGCUACAGCAGCAGUAGCAUCAUGGCAGAGUCGGUUAUAUCAGAGAUGCCUCCAGCCAUGUGCCUGGAGAAGCCCAGCGUCGACUUCAGCUAUGUGGGCAUCGAUGCCAUCCUGGAGCAGAUGAGGAGGAAGGCCAUGAAACAGGGCUUUGAGCUCAACAUCAUGGUAGUGGGUCAGAGUGGUUUGGGGAAGUCCACACUGAUGAACACGCUCUUCAAGUCUAAGGUGAGCCGUAAGUCGGUCCAGGGCACGGCUGAGGAAAAGAUUCCCAAAACCAUCGAGAUCAAGUCCAUCAGUCAUGAUAUCGAGGAGAAAGGAGUUCGAAUGAAGCUGACGGUCAUAGACACACCAGGGUUUGGUGAUCAGAUCAACAACGAGAAUUGUUGGCAGCCCAUAAUGAAGUUCAUCAAUGACCAGUAUGAGCAGUACUUGCAGGAGGAGAUCAAUAUUGACAGGAAGAAGAGGAUCCCAGACUCACGAGUGCACUGCUGCAUAUACUUUAUACCACCAACAGGACACUGUCUUAGGCCUUUGGAUGUGGAGUUCAUGAGACGUCUUAGUAAGGUGGUGAACAUCGUUCCUGUCAUCGCGAAGGCUGACACCCUGACUCUGGAGGAGAGGGAUUUCUUCAAAAAGAAGAUCAGGGAAGAGCUUCGAGCCAAUGGGAUUGAUGUCUACCCACAGAAAGAGUUCGAUGAGGAUGCAGAGGAUAGAACAAUCAAUGAGAAAAUAAGAGAGAUGAUUCCUUUCGCAGUUGUAGGAAGUGACCAGGAGUACCAGGUCAAUGGGAGAAGACUACUGGGAAGGAAAACAAAAUGGGGAACUAUUGAAGUUGAGAAUAUUGCCCACUGUGAGUUUGCCUACCUGCGGGACCUCCUCAUAAGAACUCACAUGCAGAACAUUAAAGACAUCACCAGCAGCAUCCACUACGAGAUGUACCGUGUCCGCCGGCUCAACGAGAACAACACUCAAGCCAACGGCCUCGGCGAGCACCAUCCGGCCUGCCACGAAAUCUAGCUCCCCAUCCAAACAACCCCUCCAACCCCGACUCCUCGCCCCUCUCCAAUCCUCCAUUCACCUCACGCUCUGUCCCGCCCCCUUCCUUCAGCCAUGGACUGAGGUGAAGAGGUCCAUCUAGAGAAGCACAUAAUGACUUUACCUUCCAGAAACUCCAGCACAGUGCCCUUAAACCCUCACGCCCACUGCAUGGGCACUGGAGGGCCGCAGAGGUCAGAAAUCCAGCCGCUAAAGAGCUUCUCCAUAUACUGCAUGCGUUUGACUCGAUCUGCUGAUGCUCCAGGUCUGUGUCUGUGUGCAGAGGCUGAUUAUGAGGCCGCUUCUGAUUGGUCAAGCUCUGUCAAAAGCUCUUCACAUGCAUCACUCUUCCUUUUGAUAUUUACAGGAGAUUGCCCAGAAGGCUCCUUUUUAUGUGAUUUGUUGAAUGCUCUCUUAAUAUUUAUGCUUAAUUUUGAGCGGAUAAGUCAUCUUCUGAAACCAGAGCUGGUGUGGCAGCACCAUUAUAAAACUACAGGUUAUCUGAUGUCUUUCCCUCCAAAAUGUAUAAUGGUUGCCUAUGGCAUUGUGGAGAACCUGGUGUGCCGUUGUUCCUGUCACAUCUGUGCAAAUAAUUACAGGAUCCUUGAAACCAUAUAAAAACCGUAAUGAAUGAUUACAGCUUUGGGAUUUGCGUUGGAAAGAUUAUUCAAACUGAAUAGUAUUUAUGUCGAUUAAAUGGGAUUAUGUACUUCAUACAAACGUUCUUAUUUAGUGCAGAAUGUGCCCUGAACUGGAAGGAGAAUCACAGUUGGUUCAAUAGGCUUUAAUGAAUCAUUUAAUUUUGUGUACACUGUUUUUAUCAGGCAGUAGUCAGUGCCGUUUAUCUUAAACCUUCCAGACCUCCUCGUUCUCUUCCAGUCAUGCCAAAAAUGUGGAAGUCUGCACCAUCUUUUGUCAGUUUAAGUGUCUUGUUUUGUCUUAGCCUCGAGGAAAGGGCCUACAGGAGAGGGAACUUAAAGUGCCUUAAAGCUGCCUGCCACAUCUGAUGAGGUGAAAUUCCUCAGGCUUUGUUCUUGUCUGCAAGCCCCUUUAUAAAUGCUCGUCAUUGGGAAAAUAUCUUCGUUUUGUCCUGUGCUGUAUAUUCAAAGUGAUUACAUUUUUGUAUUGGCAUUCAGAGUAACACAAAUAACUUUGAUAUCCUGUUAUUUUAAAGAAAUAAAGAUUUAAAUGUUAAAUAAUUA